UUGCUCAGGACUUUCCCUCACAAACAUGAUGUUCCUUCAGCCCAUGUGGACGUCCCUGCUGGGACACUCGUCUGUCCUGCGCUCACCUGUCUUCCCCGUGCUCUUCUCCCUCGGUGUCUACCUGGCCUUGUGUCUUCCCUUCCUGCUGUUGGACCUGUUGUCCUCCAGGUGGGCUCUGGUGCGCAGGUACAAGCUGCAGCCUCUCAGCUCUUUCAGCUGGUCCUCGGCGUGGAUCUGCCUGAGCCGGACACUCUUCAACCAUCUGGUCUUCAUCUUCCCCAUCACUGUAAUUAACUGGUACCUGAGACCUGUGUACCUGCCCCAGGAAGCCCCGCCCCUGCUGCAGCUGCUGGCUCAGGUGUUUGUGUGUCUGCUGCUCUUUGACUUUCAGAGCUUCACCUGGCACCUGCUCCACCACAGGAUCUCCUGGCUCUACCGCAGCUUCCACAAGGUUCACCACACCUUCACCUCCACACACGCUCUCACCACCGAGUACUCGGGGGUGUGGGAGACACUGAGUCUGGGCGUGUUCGCGGCCGCUAACCCCGCCCUACUGGGCCUUCACCCUCUCACGGAGCUGGUAUUCUUCAUGGUGAACAUGUGGCUGUCGGUGGAGGAUCACUGCGGAUACGAGCUGCCGUGGGCGACUCAUCGCCUGGUGCCGCUCGGUCUGUAUGGCGGCGCCCGGCACCACGACCUCCACCACCUCAGGUCCAACUGCAACUACGCCCCCUACUUUACACACUGGGACAGACUCGCAGGGACACUGCACACGGGAGACUGACCAAGAGACACUGGACACUGUCUCACCUGAAGUCUCACCUGAAGACUAACCUGCAGUCUCAAGUGAAGUCUCAUGUGAAGACUCACCUGAAGUCUCACCUGACGACUCAGCUGAAGUUUCACCUGAAGACUCAUGUGAAGACUCACCUGAAAUCUCACCUGGUCUCAUGUGAAGUCUCAUGUGAAGACUCACCUGAAAUCUCACCUGAAGUCUCAUGUGAAGUCACCUGAAGUCUCACCUGAAGACUUACCUGAAGUCUCACCUGAAGACUUACCUGAAGUCACCUGAAGUCUCAUGUGAAGUCUCAUGUGAAGACUCACCUGAUGUCUCACCUGAAGACUCACCUGAUGUCUCACCUGAAGACUCACCUGAAAUCUCACCUGAAGUCUCAUGUGAAGUCACCUGAAGUCUCACCUGAAGACUUACCUGAAGUCACCUGAAGUCUCAUGUGAAGUCUCAUGUGAAGACUCACCUGAAGUCUCACCUGACGACUCAGCUGAAGUUUCACCUGAAGACUCAUGUGAAGACUCACCUGAAAUCUCACCUGAAGUCUCAUGUGAAGUCUCACGGGAACUCUGUGCUGCUGUAAAAACACAUCAUAUAUGUAAAAAUCAUGUGUUUAUUUGUAAAACAUAAUAGUUUUUGCUCUGUGAGUAGCUUCAACGUCACUGUGAAAAAUGUUCAAUUUAUUUAUUUAAAUAUUUAUUGUGUUCAUUUCCUUUGAAGUCAGUGAAGUCAUGUGACCUGGAAAUAAAAAAAACCUGAAAAUAUUA